GGGUACUGAGCCAAACUGGUGUUAUGUAACGGGUCCACAGCUUCUCCUUCUCCUGAUGUUGAAUUACUAUGUAAGCGGCUCUGGGUCACGUCGGAACACGGGAUACGCGAACAUCUCCAGAUGUGCACAUGAGCGCGGGAUUAUUUAAGGAAAUUGACUUUCGGAGCUGAUUAGUAGCAGCUUUAAACUUAAUUGAAAACUGACCUUAAACACUGCCAAGGAUCACGUCUGUGUUGGUUAAUAUUCAACUGUGGGAGUUUGUGCCAGUUGUGCGCCAGAAGAGAGGGAUUUGGAAAUGAGUGUGUGGGUUUAAAAAGCAGCAGUCAUGGGCAGCGGACCGAGCCGAGGGAAGAAAGUGGCUCCCGCGUGCGUCAGUGAAGUGAACGUGACUCAAACCACGGCCGGUGUCACUUCACGCAAACGGGACUGUGGCCCAUUCAAGCCUCUCAAGAUCCACGCGGUUUUGCGCAACGCGCGCAACCGCGCGCAACAGGACUGUCACAGCGAGGGUCCCGACUCCGACCUGUCCGGGGAGGACGACGACGCUGCUGUCGUGGACGACGGAGAAGUGGACACGGUCCACGCAGACGAUGACGAGUCCGCGAGGAAACCGCCGACAAAGAAGACUUUCGUCAAGUCGUCUAAAACGUACGGAUUAUGUCACUUCAGCCGAGCGGACACGGAGGACGAGGUGAGCGCCGCCGAGGAGCCACGUGGCCCCCGCUGUGGAGCACGAGAUGUAAACAACAGGAGCGGCGACGCUUUCACGCACUGUCCCACUCAGCACAGUUCUACCUCACAGGGCUUUUUGACAAGAGGGGUUUUGCUGGAUGCUGUUUCCACGUCAGAGAAACAAUCGACGUUUGGCAGCUGCGACAGCUCGUCUCUCACCAUGCCAGUCAUCCUGUACGAUGGAUCAGAGGAGGAGCUGAUGGACACUAUUGAGCGAGAGUACAGUUGACCCAGCUGUGGGUUCUGCAGCAAGGACACUGUCCCUUUUCGAGCUUUGCUUUUAUGGGAUGCAGCAGUCUGCAGAGGGCAUUUUGAAUAAUAACAAUAAGGGAACCAGGGUUUCUUCUGACAAAUUCCCCCCGCUUCAUGGGAAGGCUGCUUCAUUGUAUUUCUGCAUUUCUUUAUUCCCUGGAUAAAUUCCAUAUGUGCAGCAGCCCAUGGCUUUGCUUAUACCAGAGUCUUACUUAACAGAGUUAUAACGGUUGCCUGAACACAUGCCAGGAGGUUCUCCUGUCUUAUACACCAGAGCUGUUGACAGACAGAGGCCUCCUUGGUUUGUUGUUUGCAGUGGUAAGGUGUCUCUAUCGCCCUCCCACAGAGUAUGCACCCACAGGUUACCUAUUAUUUGGCUUUACUUUAACUUAACUCUGUUAAUCGCUAAAGGAGACGACACUGGUGUUUCUCCGAUUGCUGAAAUGUGGAGGCUUUGAGAACUGGGGCACAUUCUUUAGGCCUUGCGACUCUUGUUAUAUGCAAGAAAAAAAACAAAAAAAAAACAUUUUCCACCAGCACUUGAGUGCUCUCAUUGUAUAGGGCUGUCGUUUUUCAUGCCGAGGUACGAGCCGUGGUUGUUUAUUUAAGGGUUUUUUUUUUUUCUUCCUGACCACAGUUCCUGUCCUUUUUCACACUAAUGAAGAAGGAAUGUGUGGCAACAGAGACUCUCAGUUUAACCCAGCUGCAUAUCUGCUCAUUUAAGUCCACAUUGAAGCACAGAUGUCUGCUGCCACUUAGUGGUGGAGCAGAGCAUGCACACUUCUCCACUCAUGCAGGAAAUUUUGCACUUCCUCAAGAUUAUGGACACUAAAUAGUAAAUAAAUCAUUUACGACCAUU